AUGCCUCGAAAAAAUAUCUUCUUGGUAGGCGCUCCGUUGCCAGCUAGUCUGAACUGGGAAACAGAUGAACUCCUCAAUACGCCCAUACCUCCAUUUUAUGAGGAUACAAGGAGUCCUGAACAACAGGUAUCCCUGGAUCAACCACCUGUAAGAUGGAGGGUGUUACGGUCACCAUCAGUCGAUAAGCUAGGUGACAAUUACGACUCUUUCCAAGGUUAUGAGGAUCCAGCCUUUUUCAUCUCGCAUCAGCUGGCGGUUGCGACAGAUGCGCCAGAAUAUCCAGAAGAUUCGAUUCUUCAAUUCUAUGACCAUUCUUUUGCCAUCCACGAAACCUCCGAGUUGGCUGGCUCAGAUGUGUAUGUAGCAGAUUCCACGCAGGAGAGCAGUUUGGGCGAGGACAGCAUGUUAGCAAGCACUACGAUAUUGGACAAUCCAGAUAUCCCAAGGACACCUCACAUUCUCCAUAUCCCUGGACCCCUCAGCGAUUUGCAAGACCUUCCCACGGCCAAGUACAUACAGUCCAUCGCACCGCAAACAAUGACGGUGAAUAUGAUCGUGGGUGUACUAGCAGUUCAUCCUCCACGUCGGAUAGUCACACGACAAUGGAAGACCGAGUUGGACCUUAUCGAGCUCGUCGUUGGAGACGAGACAAGGGCUGGGUUUGCGGUCAAUUUUUGGCUGAAGCCAGAGCAGCCGACCGCUGCCAAGAACAAUGAAGCGGAUCUGGGUCGAUCGCUGGCGUCCCUUCGACCCCGCGAUAUCAUUUUGCUCCGAACCGUCGGGCUCAGUACAUUCCAAGCUCGGGUGUAUGGACAAAGUCUGCGCCGCGGGAUGACUACGGUCGAACUUUUGCAUCGACAACCGGUGGAUAUGACGGAUGCAGCUGGCUUCUACGAGGGCAAAAUCCCCGAAAGUAGCUCCCCCGAUGAUCAGCCGGUUCUAAAGGCUCGAAGAGUCCGAAACUGGAUACUUCGAUUUGUGACGGAUUCGGUUGGAAUGUCUCAUCCACGUGGACUGCCCCCGGACACGCAGUAA